AUGUGGGUAGUGGACGGUGCGAGUGACAAAGGGGUGUGCGGGGGUGGGGGUGCGUCGGAGGCGCGGGGCGGGCGGGGCCGAUGUCCGUGGCUCGGGCGCGUCACGGCGGAGAGCGGUGCGGGCACGGGCGCGGGGUGCGCGGGGGGAGAGCGCGCCUCGCCGCCGCCCGGCUUCGAUCGCGAACUCUUCCAAGAGCUGAGCUUCCUCCCCGACGCGGAGCUGCGCGAGUGCCUCGGCGAGUACCCCGACUUCCUGUACCACGUGGCGCGGGACAGGUUCGGACGGCUCUACUUUCGCGUUAUACGGACAUUGCUCCUUGAUCGAGUUCUAUGCAGCAACAGGGUGAGCCAAAUGACAAAGACCUACAAUGACAUCGAAGCGGUAACACGGCUCUUAGAAGAGAAAGAGAAGGAUCUGGAGUUGACGGCGCGCAUCGGUAAAGAGCUGCUGGCGGCGAACGGGCGGCUCGAGGCGCGCGUCAGCUCGCUGGAGGGCGAGCUGCGCAGCGCAAGGGACCUCGUCACACAGUUGCGGCACGACCUCAACGCCAAGACAGAUCUGCUGCAGGUGCUGACAAAUGACACCGAGGAAGGCAGCCCCACUGAGGAGCAGGAGCCGCCGACGGCGCUCGCGCUGCGGAAGCGGACCUGCGCCCUCGAGAGGGAGAACCGGGCGCUGCGCGACGAGGCCGCGCGCCUCGCCGCCGGCGCCGACUCCGCCGAGCUGGCCGAGCGCCAGUUGCUCAGGGACAUCGCCAGCCAGCUCUCCAGUGCGAACUCCGAAGCGAACGUACUGAGCUUGGAGCUGGCUGAGGAGAGGCAGCGAGCAGCAGAUCUUCAGCAUCAACUCGACACGUCAAACUCCAGGCUUAUAGUCACUGAGCGCAAUUUGCAGCAGCUGUCAACCGAACACGAACAUACGUUACGAAUUCUAGAAAUCACUCGAGAGAAUCAAAAUGCACUUGCAGCUGAACUGGCCGACGCCAAGGAGCGUUACGCAGAGGUGGCGGCGCACCUGGCCGAGGCGCAGGAGCAGCUGCGCCAGCUGCGGCGGCGCGGCGAGCCGGUGCGCGGGCUGAUGCCGAGCGUGGCGGCCGCCGCGGGCCUGCUGCCGGCCAACUUGCACCGCGAGAUGCACGCCUCCGUCCACUCGGAGCUCAGCCUCGACUCCGGCAUCGGCGACCCGCUCGCGCAUUCGAGCAUGCAGAAAGUGUUCGAGACGGUGCAGUGCGCGUCGCGAUGGUCGGGCGCGUCCGCCUCGCUGGCGGGAUCCGACGUAGCGGACGCUCCGCUGGCCGCGGCACUUGGCAAGCCACCGCUGAAACCGCCCUCCGCCGACUCCUUCCUCGACGAUUCAUCUGACGCCGAAUCUGAGGACCUCUAUCCCGGGGGCCCGGCCGUGGGAGUACCGGGCGCCCCCGGUGCGGCCGAGCUGGCGGCAGCCCUGCGCCGCCUCACGCCGCAGGAGAUCAACUCGCGCCGCGCCUCGCUCGCCGCCUCGCACGUGCUGCGACACCGGAGACACACAGAGCGGGACAUCAGUGAAGAGAGCGCAGUAUGGGGCGCUGGCGCGGCCGGUGGAUUCGCACGGUUUCGCGCGCCACACAAAUUGCAGAUCGUCAAGCCUAUGGAAGGCUCCCUUACCCUGCAUACUUGGGCUCAACUUGCUAAGCCCACUAUGUCAGGUUUAUUAGAAGAUCAAGAGGGCGUCGGCGUUAGAGGCUCUAGAUCAGCCACCGGGCUCGGCAAUAGGUUAUACCGAUUGUCCGACGUGGAAGAGGACGAUGAUAUGCCUCGUUUGCCGCACUCUAGCCACGUGUACACAUUCACAAACAGUACGGUGCUGCAUCCGAACGACGGGAGCCUCGCCGGCAGCAGCGUGAGCAGCGUGUGCAGCAGCGGCAUGAGCAGCCUGUCGAGCAGCGUGCUCGGCACCGCGUGGAGCUCCCGCCUGACGUCGAGGCGGUCGUCGGCGGCCGUCUCGCCGGUGCUGUCGCGGCGCGAGUCCUUCUGCGCGCCGCCCUCGCGGCCGCACUUCACGCCCACCGCCACGCCGGCCAAUAGCCCGCUGCUCGGCUCGCCCGACUCCACGCCGCCGUCGACGCCGCGGCCCGGCGACGCGCCGCCCUCCCUCCACGCGCUCAUCGCAAGCGGCACCUCGAUCCUGCGCCGCCGCUACCUAAUCUCGCCCGCCGCAGACGGCUCCCCCGCCCCGCUGGCGCUCCAGACGCCCGGCUCGCUGUACACGGGACUCGUGCACCGCAGUCCGAUGGAGCAGCUCACCUGCCUGAAGAGGACGCUGCGGUCGCCCGCCUCGGCGCCGGAGCGAUGCGGCCCGGCUGAGACGCCGCUCGGGGUUCCCGCACAUCCGGGCGAGGGGGCGCUCGAAACGUCCAGCCCCUUGGAGAGCAUGAGCGCGGCGGGUGUGGGCGGGCGGAGGGGGCGGGUGCGGGCGCCGCGGCCCCGCACCGACCUCGGCACGGUGGGAUCGGCCCCUGCACCGUGUGCCCCCGCCCAGUCCAUGACCCCCCUGGGUACCCUCAGCUCCCUUCUCUUCGGCCGGAAGGGGGGCCUACUG